AUGCUUCAACCAAAGAAAAAAUCAGUUUUUCAAACAUUAGAAAUUCAAUUUAAAAAUCUUUCAUUAAUGAAUAAUAAAGAUUCUUUCGUACUUGAUCGUGCAACAACAUGUUCUAAUUGGUUUCGUUUAUGGUCUUCAUUUGGUUUUAAUGAAUAUCAAUGGUUAUCACGUGCUGUAAAAGUUGAAGAAUAUAGUCAAAAAUUGCUUGAUAAUAAAAUAUUAAUAUAUAAAGAACAAUUAAUAAAACGACGACAAUUAAUAAAACAAUUAUUUGAUGAUUAUAAAGAUUUACUUGAACGUACUGGACUUUCAUCUUCCAUAGACACUUCAGUAUUUGAUGGAUUAAAAUUAAAAGAACAAGAAAUAUAUAUUGAACGAGAAAUGCAAGAAUUAUUAAUUCAUGAAGGACAAUUAAUUCAUCGACGAAAUGAACUUGAAAAUCAAGAAAAAUAUUUAUGUACAUUACUUAAUACUGCAUCCAUUGAAUUUGAUCAAAAUCUUUCAAUUUCACUUGUAGAAAUCAAUAAAAAAAUGCAAGAUCAUGUUAAAAUGCUUAGUGACUUAAAAAAUCUACGUUUAAUUCAAGUAUCAACAUAUUAUUUAAAAUUAAAAGAAUAUUCUGAACAAUUAGAAUGGACACCAUCUUCACCUAAAUCAACUGUUCAAUAUCUUCUUCUUGAACAAUUUGAUCGUUGUCUUACUGCUGAUUGUCUUAAUGAAAUCGAAUCAAUAAUACAUCAAUUGGAAAAUCAAAUUGAAAUUCAAAAAACACGUUUUUUAAAAUUACAUAAUCAACUUCAUCAUCUUUAUCAAUGUUUAAAAAAAGAUCCAAAUAAAGAUUAUUGUUUAGCAUUUAAAACUGGAAGUGAACAUAUCAAUGAAUUUAUUAUUAGACAACUUGAACAUGAAAUUGCAUGUUGUCGAGAAGAACGAAUGAAAAAUGGAAAAGAAUAUUGUCAUUCAAUUCAUCAACAAAUUAUUGACUUAUUAGAAAAAGCACAUGUUGGUGAUGAUGAACGAGUUAUUAUUAAUAAACUUGAUUUUGAAAAUUUAUCAUUAGAUUUAUUUGAUGCAUAUGAUAUCGAAUUAGAACGUAUUUCACAACUUUAUAAAAAACGUCAACCAGUUCUUGAUGCUUAUAAUAAAUGGCUUUCAUUUUGGAAUGAAUUUGUUGCAUUUAUAAAAGCAUCAACUAAUCCUGGACGUUUUCAUAUACGUGGUUAUAAUGCUGAAAUUGAAGGACGUCAACGUAAAAAAUUUCAUCGAGAAUUGCCGAUUAUCGAACAAGAAUUUUUAAAUAUUUUAUCCGAACAUAAUGAUCCAUUAUUUAUGUAUGAUAAUGUACCUAUUCGACAAAAAUUUGAUGAAGCUCAUCAACAAGUACCAUCUAUAGCUAUGCCAUUGAAUACACCUGGAAGAACUCCAACAACAUCACGUCUACUAGGUCUUACACCAGUUCGAUCGCGAACACCAGUGACUACUCCCUGUCGAAUAGUCAAUAAAGAACCGUUUGUUCUUGGUACAGCAGUAACAUGUACAGCACGACAUGCAGUGAAAACACCAGCAGCUAUUAUUGCAAGAAAAUUUUUGAAUAAAGUAACAAGUCAUACUGUAGGUCAGCCAGCUCGGGUUAAACCACGUCCUCCUCCUCCACCUUCCUCUUCUUCUCCUCGUUUAUUACAAUCAUCACCACCACCAUCAGUUGCCACUAAAUUACCUAUUCAUCCACCAGCAUGCACAGAUGAUCAACCUUUGGAUUUUUCACUUUUACAUACAAUAAAAAAUGUUUAUGGUGAAAUUAAAAUAAUGACAUCAACUCCGAAUUCAUCUUUUUUAAAUAUGGAAAAUUAUCAUGGAAAAACAGCAUAUAACACAAUUGGUCAACGUAAAUCUAAAAGACAAUCAAAACAAACAUAUCUACCAUUACUUGUGAUUCAAGAUACAAACGACGAAACAAUGGUGCGUUUGUAA